AUGGGUAGGAUAAGUAAAUUUUUCGGUUGUCCUGGUGAAAGACCGGCUCUGCAUCAUAGGGCACCUUUGAUUCCUCAUGAUCAAGAUGUCAUACAACAAUUAGAUCCCAAGACUAGACAUGUCCGUAUGCAUCAUCUUAACUCAUCUAGGGAGACACUUGUUGGAAACGAAACCACAACCAGUACCAUUGGUCAUAGUAGCAACAAUAAUUGUGGUAGCAUUAGUGAUCACACGGAUAACGAAGAAGACGAUGACGCUUAUUUGAGUGAUUCCUCCACAAAAUUAGAUCUGGCAGAUGUAUUGUUACAGGCAAACGGUUGCAUAGACACGAAUAUGUCGUUUACUGGGCUAAAGAAAUCAUACAUGGACAUCUGGUUAGACAAGGCUGUUAUGUGGGCUGGUUCUCAAGUCAUGUUUUUUCUGAUGUGGGUUAUUCUUAUAGUAUGGGUGAUCGUAGGUGCAAUCUACAACGCUCCAUUCAAUUGGCAAGUCGUUAUGCAAGAUGGUCAAUCUAUCCAAUGUUAUUUCUGGGAUACUUUGUUAACAAGACAACAGUUGACCUCUACACACGAGCAAGUACUGAUUGUCACACAGUUGAGAUCCCGAGUUCGUUCAUUCAAAAGAUUUCUGCUUCGUGAUCCUGUUGUUACCAACGAUAAUAUACCUAUAAAAUUGGUGAAAGCUGAUGAAGAAGUCAAGGAAAAUGUUCAUAGGCAAGAGAAAAGUUCUGUUAAUAAACUCUCUGUUCUUCAUGUUAAUAAUGAUAAUAAUUGUCAUAUCAGGAAGGAAAAAGGAGCAGAAGCGAAUGAACAAGAACAAGAAGGGAGUGAUGAAGAUGAUAGCAUUAUGGAAGUUAAAAAAGUAUCGAAUGCCCCCCGUGUCAGCGUCUAUACACCACGUAUCGAUGAUACUACUAUAUCUGGUGCUUUGCCCGUGGAAAAUUGGUAUGACCGGUUAAGUACUACAUUCUCUUGGAUUAUCGGUUCUGUACCAUCAAUGAUCCUCUUCUGGGUAGGUAUCAUUGUGUGGAUUGGGUGUGGUGCUAUCCCACAAGGUGGUGAAACCUUCAGUGAUGACUGGCAAAUGGAAAUCAAUACAGCAGUUGCAGUCUCCUUGUUGAUCUCUUCGUUCUUCUUACAAAACAUUAGAGCCAGGCAUGACGUUUUUAUUUCCAAAUUUUUAUUAAAGAUUCAUUCUAUGGAUUGCAACAUUGAUUUGAUAUUACGGACUGCAAACAGCGAUUUCACUAGUGAAAACCCAAUUGUCACUGUUGAACCACCAAAAAGGACCAAUGCUGAACAUCUAAUAGAUUGGUACGCAGAUGUGGUCGGUACUGGUAUAGGUAUAGUAAUUGCCAUAUGUGUAUUUGCUGCUUGGGCUGCUAUUGGGAGUCCCCUACACUGGUCAGACGAUUGGUGGUUGAUUAUUGGGACUUACACAGGUCUUGUUGGGUUCUUAGACGGGUUUGUUAUUAGACAGGUGUACUUCAGAAUCAUCAACCACGAGGAAGAUAAUUUCAAAAACUUGGCAGACGAGGAUGCUGAAUUGUUCCAGCUGCUAUCCAUAGAAUGUCCUGAAGAAUAUUUCGUACCACCAAAACAUAAGAGGACUCUAAGUUACAGGAUAUCUGAAUUUGUCAAUCUAUGUUGUUCCACACAGUGGAGUGUUUUAGUAUCUGUUCUUAUUAUCAUUGGGUUAAUAUGUGCUGCAACUGGUAUGCUGUGGAGUACAACGGGUCAACUUAUUGCAAAUACACCAACUAUGAUUAUUGAAGAAUUCUUUAUGAUUGUUUUAAUUCAGGCACACAAUUGGGCAGAUGAACAAAGAAGAAUAGAGAUAUCAGGCUUGUUUGCUAGAAGGCACAUAUUAUUGGAGUAUGUCCGAGAUAAAUAUAUUUAUUCGCAAUACUAG